UUACUAUCCACCCCAUGAAGUGGGGAGCCACUCUUAUGAACUCUUUUCUAUUUAACGUUGGUCUUAUUCUUCUUUGCUCCAUCAGUGUGAUACAGUUCUGCUCUACAGCAUUUGCAUACUAUGCUCAAGCAACUGCAGCACAGGAAAUAUUUGGCCACACGCUGCAAUCACUUCGUGGAAUUAGAUAUUUGUACAAGUACAACGUGUUUCAAAUUGCCUUUGUUUGUCUUGCGGGAUUGACCUUUGUGUAUUACGCUGCUUUUGGAUGGAGAAGAAGAAAACCCAGUGGCAGGUUUCAACUUUCCACUUAAGGUAUGUUAUGCUUAGAAGAGCAUGCACCCACCUGGUGGCGUCAGAUUUUCAGUUAAUUCUCUCUUUUGGGGCGAUUUCAUGUCGGAUGUGUAUAGCCAAUUUCUGCUCUACGUUGAAAGGUCUGAUUUGGAAGGUCAGAAAAGUAGGCAGAUAUCAUCCAAGUUGAAUUGGGUUGCUGCAGUGAGAGUGGCGU